UAUUUCCCCAAAAUUUACUUCCUUACGGAGAGACAACCAUAACGCGGAGUGAUAUCAGACCUAUUUACAGAAUGUGUGUGAUCACAUUUUAAUUAGCAAGGACUUUAUUUCUAACUGAAUCAUAGACCAGAACGUGCACAUCUUCACUUCAGACUACUUUUAAGGUAACACAAUGCAUCCAGUUUUGGCUGUGAUAUUCGAUGUCCUGUACACUGUGUUUAUAACACCACUGACUGCAGGAAAUGUUGUCCAAUCAGAUGGCUACCAUGGAAGUGACACUCGCAAAACCGACGGAAGUUUGUCCUCUAUGGUGACGAUAGCCUGUUUAACAGCCAUAACAUUUGUAGUCAUUGGAAUUUAUGCCAAGAGUGACGAUUCGGGAAAAUCGACGACUGCGAUAACAGCGAUGACGUUUGUUCUUACAGCGAUGGCACUACUUGCCAUUGUUUUGAUUGCAGUUCUUGCGUUCCGAAAGAGACACGAAUGGUUCAUAGCGGCCAACAUAAAAGAGAAUGCAGCCGAAAAAUUCAAGGGAAAAUUUUUGUGGCUAUUCAGUCUUGGUAUAAUCAUGAAACAUGCACUCGAACUGGCGAUCAAUAUAGACUGUUUUGAUAAGGAACACACCAAAGACUUCGUGUCGGCAUUCAUGGUGGUUCAUAUUGUGUCUAUAUUGUACUAUUGCAUUCAAACAGGAUUCAUAAGUUACUUCAAAGACUAUAAAUUCCAAAGUUCAGUCAGAAUUAAUUAUGGUAUACUGAUCGUGCUGCUCACAAAUCUGACACUCUGGUUCACAAGCAUUGUUGGCGAAAAUGAAGAUUCGAGCCUACGUAAAAAUGACUCUAGAGGUAUUGAUGAAGAAAUAGUAUGUUUUCAUAACUCUACUAUUCAGAAAUUGCGCGAAGAUACCCUUCCAUUUCUCAAUCCUUGCGGAAUAGAAUAUGCAUUGCUAGCAACAAGUUUCAUGCUGUCCUUGUGGCCCUCUGUGAAAAAGGAAAUCCACGAUUCACAGGAACUGGAAGUGUCAGCAGACAUGGAUGCCAUCGAGGAAAGCUGUGAGGAGUACACCCCUUUGUUACGACGUCGGGUGCGACGAACGCCUCCAACUGAGGCUUGCCCAGAGGAAUUAAAGCGCCGCAGUCCGAUUUCAUUUUUCCUCGCCAUUUUGUUUGGUCUGAUUUUGAACCUCCCAGUGAUAAUCUCCACUGUGCUGGUGUUCUUUGACGCGUAUCAAUCAGCUAUUUACAGAGGAGUUCGAUAUUCUAUAAUGGUUGUAUACAAAUUAUCGAUGCUGAUAAUGGUGUUCAUUCUGUUUCACCACAUCACCAAAUACGGCAAACCAAACAACGUGAAGAGAAAGCUGUCCUCAACUGAAUACAUUUUGGUUUUCGCAAAUGCUGGUACAAUCGCCGUUUGCACUUUCGAUUUCAUUGUGAGUUUAAACAGCGCGUGUUACAUUCUUAUGACGGAAAACAUCAUUGAUAUUAUUUUGACUUUCCUGCAAACUACCUUAAUCAUGCACUCUACUCGCAUCACCAUCAAAAAGACAGUGGACAGUGUCAUAGCUGCUGAGUACGUGUGUCUUCUGCUAUCCGUGUGUAACAUUGUGUUGUGGGUUGGGGAUAGUUUCAAUAAUAUGGAGAAUAGAGUUUGUUUCACAGCAGACGACAAAAACACCAAAACAAACAAAGUGAUGAAGUAUGUUGUUUUCCCCAUCCUCGUGUUCUAUCGUUUUCAUGCAUCCAUCGACUUGUUCGGACUUUUCUCCAGAAUGACAAAGAACUAAGAAUAUGUCUUAUGAUGUUACUAGUACAUGUACUCAUAUCUAUACAUAAUUCUAGAUCGAAUGUAAAGAGUCUAACAUUGCCGUGACUAUUGUAGUAAAAUACUUAAGAACUACAAGUGUUUACAACAAAUCAUUUGAUACUAGAACUCAUUAUGCUUACUGUCGGUUCCUGCUUUACACGAGUACUAGUUAAUAUCGCGAAAUGACUCGUGUACACAGAAUCGCAAGAACAUGGAUUCUUGAGUGGUUUGUUUUAUUUCGCAAGUGGCGCUUCUCGCUAAUAUAAACGAUAACUAUAAUCCUUGUCUUUAUUUAGGGAUUUACAGUUUUCGUUAUCGAUUUAUUUUCCCGCAAUGUAUCUAAGGUAAGGGAAUGAAAAUUGUGAAUUUUGGGAGAUAUACAUGGAAACGGAUUUCAUGUAAACACAUGAAGAUGAGGAACCAUGUUAUACAAUGUAGUGUCUUAAUGCGCAAAAGUAUAUAUAUACCGGUAUGUGGUUGUGCACACAUGCAUGGGCACAUCAGUAACCGAUAUCCCGGCAUGCAGUAUUCUUCACAUACAUGUAAUCUGAACCAAUCAUAUCUUAACAUUAAUAUGAAAUAAAAGUCAAGAACACCACACAUUUACUAAACUAAAAAAAAAUCAAAAUCAUUGUAAGUAAAGAUCGAAUACAUCAAUUUGUAAAAACAAAAUGACUUCAGGUAACUUGCAUUACUGUCUGAUAAAAGUAUGACAGUGUAUCUAUUUCCAUUUAUUGGAGUUAAAACUAAUAAAUGAUCAAAUAAGAUAUAUAGGUCAUCGCACAUGUGCGAGAAAUAUAUACAGAUAUACCGUAUAUAAACAGAUAUAUAGUCUUCUGCAGCAAUUUCAUUACAUUGGUGUUCCUUUUCAAUUGAACUAUAUGGUAGUUCUGAGUAUUCAUAUAACUUGAAUUGUAAAAUUAUUUCUUAUGUUCAUAAAUCUUCUAACCGCUUUUGUACAUUUUAAUUUUUGUACCUUUUAAAAAAUUAUUAUUUUUUUCCUUCUAACGGGCUGGAUUAAUCUAUGUUAGUAUUGAUCUAUAUUAUAUGUAUAUACAUGUAUGUGUAUGACUGUAUGUGUUUGGUAAGUGUACGUGUGUAUGUGUAGAACAUGUUGAUCAAUAAAAAUAUCAAAAUUCGGCAAAACUCUUAUUAACUAUUUUCAUGUAAACCUCAUUACAUAAUUGUUACAUCUUCAAAGAAUUGUAUCUGUAUGUCUACUCACCCUCUACCGUAUUAUUUGUAUAUAUUUGUAAAUAUUUUGUAUUUAUAACCGAUGAGCUGUAUAGCUUAAGGGAAAAAAAAUAAAGAAUCAAAGAACCUUUC